AAUUGUUCGUGAUUUUGGGGAAGCCGAGGUCGGACGCGGGUGGCCCUAGUUACGGACAGCAUACAUUUCACCCUUCAUAUCCCGGCAUCCCCCUCUCUCUUCAACAACAAACACCGAACACCUCCUUCCCAUGGCAUUUGAACCCCCUUCUUCAACUGCAUUGUCGACUACAACUGCCACCAAUGCCCCAUCACUAGCAGCAGCACCAUCGUCAAAUACAUCACCUCCCUCACCACCAGCAUCGUCAUUGUCAACAACUUCUGGCUUUAGCUACCCGUUUGCUGCUGCGCCCGACAUAAUCCGAUCGAACCAAAAAGAUGCCUACUACCAAGGCGUUCUCCUGGAACAACUGUCAACAAUUCUCCGCAAAAUAUAUGGAGCCCGUAUCCUACACAAGUACAGUCUCGAGACAAAGACGUUUACUGACCUACUCUACCUCUCCCUCACAACACUCCGUAAUGCCCGCACCCUCGGCGAGGAGUACUGCGACAUCCUACACAAGCUCCAAUCCUCACUCUCUGUCCAACAGUCGGACCCAAAACCAUCCACCUACGCCGCCACUAUAAAAACCUACCUCCUGGAAAACCUGGACACCCUAGCUUCCAGCGAAAACCUCCUAGCCGUGCACUUGGGCCUCUUCUACUUCACGGGCGCCUACUACCACCUAUCAAAGCGUAUCUGGGGCAUCCGCUAUAUCUUCACGAAGCGGCUCCUUCCACACGAGCAGCGGGUCGGAUACGAGGUACUCGGACUCCUUCUAUUGGCACAAUUAGUCACGCAGGGCUGCUUUCACGUCUCUUCCACAUUUUCCCGCCCUUCAGCAGUCGUUCCAGAGGGGGAAAGCGUGAACCCGCUCACAGCCGGACCGACCAGGGGAUUCGCGACGAAUCCCGGUAUGCACGCUUCUGAUCUAGGUCAAGGUGGGCCGAAGUAUGACCUCAAAGACGAGAAGGUUAUGAGAUUUAUGAGUGGGGAUUCAGGCAGGAAGUGUACACUUUGUCUAGAGAGUAUGAAGGACCCUACAGCAACGGGUUGCGGGCAUGUGUUUUGUUGGAGUUGCAUUAGCGAGUGGUGUCGUAGUAAGCCUGAGUGUCCUUUGUGCAGACAAUCUACGCUUGUGCAGCAUUUACUCCCGCUGAGGUGCUGA